AUGGCGUCAAAACAAAUCCCCGGAAGUGACUUGACUCGCGUACCGCGCUUGACUUUUGCAUUCGUGGAGAACUUUGUUCAAGCUUACUCUAGGAGUGCAGGAACUUCUCAGCUGAACAAGGGGUUCAAGUACUACAGCGAGGGUUUCAUAUCCAGUCUAAAGGCUUCUUGUGAUGACAGCUGUUGCCGCUUGACUGCAAGGUGCUAUCGCUCACAGCGGAAAAACGAAUCCCCACAUGAUAUUCAGGAGGUAGAAGUUGUUGGCUACAAGAGAGAUAGUGAUGAGCAGCAUAAACCUGUGAAAUCUACCCUGUACAACCCAAUCCGUUCACCACUUCCUCCAUUUGAGCUUUUGUUUGACAAGCUGACUGUGUCUCAUCCUGACUCAUCUCUUUUCACCACUGUACCCCCAUCUGGUGAAUCCUAUCCACCUCUUGUGAAUACAAGGUUUGGCUUGUUUCACAAGGGCAGCUCAAUCAGUCAUCAACAGAAACUUUCACCAUCAUAUUUGUUGAAUAUUGUUGAUGCCUUUUUCCCAGACCUUCCUGUCAACAGUGACAAUACUGGGGACAAUCACUACAGCCAUGUCACUAAUGAGUCUCAAACUACCCUGCUUGACUCACUCUUGAUCAGCAAGGAGGAGGCUGUUGAGAUAGAGAAGGCUACCAGGCUGCAGGCUGAAGAUAAGAAGUGGAAGAGAUUGAGGACCCACAGAGUAACUGCAUCCAAAGUUGGAGAAAUAUCAAAGCGAAAAAAAGAUCCUGAAAACUAUGCCCAAAAGCUGAGGACCUCGACGAGAAGUGUCAUGACUGAGGCCAUGAGGGAAGGCCUUGCUAAUGAGCCAGUUGCUGUUGCAGCAUACAGCAGAGUGAAGGAUGAUAAGAUAAAUAUUUAUCCGUCUGGUAUUGUCAUCAACCCCAAGUGUUCCUGGAUGGCUGCCUCACCAGACAGAAAGGUGCUUGACCCAAGCACCAUUCCACCAUUUGGCCUCCUGGAAAUCAAGUGCCCUGACCUUAGUAACAAGGACAUCCAAGAUCUACAGUACCUGACCAUGGUCAAUGGUAACCUUUGCUUAAAGAAAAAUGACAACUACUAUCACCAAAUACAGAUGCAGCUAGCCAUGUCUGGCCUGGUGUGGUGUGAUUUUUUUGUAUGGUCAACAAAAGCCACUCAUUUAGAGAGAAUAUACUUCUGCAGAGAUAGCUGGCAGCAAACUAAGAAGAGGCUGAUAAGUUCUACUUUGAUUAUAUCCUAUGCUAAAAUUAUCUUGUAAAAAUAUGUCAUUAUCUCCGUCCAUCAGGUACUAGUAACUACAGAAUAAGAAAUCAGAAACUUAUUAAGUGUGAUAGGUAUGGUUUUAAUACUGGCCAUUAGACAACGAUUUGUCACUUGUUUUACAAGUAUUUGACAUCAAGCUUGAAAAACAAUUGUAAUGACCAUUCAUAAUGUCAUGUAACAUCGUUAACUAGGGAUGGCUAAAAAAGAUUGAUAAUCAAAACUAUUGUUGAUGUGAACAAUUUGUAACGAUUAUUGAUAUGAAAAUUGUGUCAUCGAUAAUAUCUUAUAUAAUCUAUUGUUAUGAGUAAAGUUUUAAUUUACAGAAGCAGACUUGUUAUGUCCAUUGCCAAAGACGGCAAUUUUGUUAUCCAAUAUUUAUCGAUAAUUGAUGGAUAUUUAGUUAAUGAUUAUCAAUCACUCAGAUCAAUAUCUAUAGCUAGCCCUAUUAUUAAUAUAUCAACAAGAAUAUUUAAUAAAUAACACAGCUUGUCUUUGCAACCAGUUUUCAACAGGAAUGAAUUUUCAAUGAGUAAAAGCUGCACUAAAUGUAUGUACAAAAAUAAACACUUAUAUAAGUGUUGUGAAUCACUUCCAUUCAUCCAUUCCACAUGUAUCAUAUUUCUGGAGCACUGUUUUAGAGUUGAAUUUUCUUUUUGAUAUCCAAUUGAAUAUCAAGUUUAACUUCAGAUGUCAACUUUUACAUUAGUUAUUAAUAUCAACAUGACAAAAAUGCACUUCUCUACAACAUAUAUGUUUGGGGUGCAAAACUAAAUAACUAUCGGUGAUUAUCAUUAAAUGGACAUUUGCAAUCUGUAUGCAAGUAAGUGAGUUAAAAUUUAAUGUCACAUCAGCAUUAUUUCAGCUAUAUAGCUAUGAGACCAAGUUGAUAUGUACACAGUUUGUUCAUGAAUACAAAGUUACAUUCAAAAACAAUUUAUGGAACAUAUUUGGGCAUAACAAUCUCAUGUAAACAGUUUUAAAACACAGGCUAUAGGCCACCUUGCUGGGGAUCAUGGGGACUUACAGUGCCUCGGCUUCCUGUAUGACA